GGUUCUCCCCAUCAUGGCGGUUCCCACAUCACACCAACUGGACUUUACCUGAACUUCUUCUAGGCAUGUGCCUCGUAUUGGUGGUGACUUCUUUAAGCUCUCUUUUUCCAUCCACAGACAAUGGCUCCUUGGCCUGAGUUGGAAAAUGCCCAGCCAGACUCCAAUAAAUACAUCGAAGAGGUCACUAAUCAGCAGUCUGCCACACCUGCAAAAGGUGAAGAGACCGCUAAAAAUGCCUCCGGGAGCGCUGUAACCAAGACGGAAAUUCUGCCUUCAUAUUCCACUAUGGCACUGAUUGAAGACCCGCCAGAGGUGGAUGACCCAUGGGACAUGCCUGCACUUAGGGACACGGGGAUCAAGUGGUCAGAGAGAGACACCAAAGGGAAGAUUCUAUGUAUAUUCCAAGGGAUUGGGAAAUUCAUUUGCCUUCUGGGAUUUCUCUACUUGUUCGUGUGCUCCUUGGAUGUCCUCAGCAGUGCCUUCCAGCUGGUUGGAGGAAAGGUGGCCGGGCAGUUCUUCAGCGACAAUGCUAUCCUGUCCAACCCUGUGGCAGGGCUGGUGAUCGGAGUGCUGGUGACCGUCUUGGUGCAGAGCUCCAGCACCUCCUCGUCCAUCAUUGUCAGCAUGGUGGCCUCCUCACUGUUGACUGUGCGAGCUGCCAUCCCCAUCAUCAUGGGGGCCAACAUUGGGACCUCCAUCACCAACACCAUCGUGGCAUUCAUGCAGGCAGGAGACCGGAAUGAGUUCCGAAGGGCUUUUGCAGGGGCCACUGUCCACGACUUCUUCAACUGGCUGUCUGUGUUUGUGCUUUUGCCUCUGGAGGCCGCCACCCAUUACCUGGAGACCCUGACCAACGUUGUGGUGGACAGCUUCCAAUUCAAGAAUGGCGAAGAUGCCCCAGAACUUUUGAAAGUCAUUACAGAUCCCUUCACAAAGCUCAUUAUCCAGCUGGAUAAAAAGGUUAUCAACCAAAUCGCGAUGAAAGAUGAAACAGCCCAAAACAAGAGUCUGGUCAAGAUUUGGUGCCAGACUUUUACCAAUGUGACCGAGAAGAAUGUCACCGUUCCCUCAUCUGAGAACUGCUCUUCCCCUUCCCUCUGCCCGGCUGGUCUCCAAUUCUGGACCAUGAAGAACAUGACCUAUGAGAAGAACAUCGCCAAAUGUCAGCACAUCUUCGUGAAUCUCAACCUCCCAGAUGUUGCCAUUGGCGUUAUCUUACUGAUAAUCUCCCUGCUGGUCCUUUGUGCCUGCCUGAUCAUGAUUGUCAAGCUCCUCAACUCUGUGCUCAAGGGGCAGGUUGCUCUUGUCAUCAAGAAGACCCUCAACACUGAUUUCCCCUUUCCCUUUGCCUGGUUGACUGGCUACCUGGCCAUCUUUGUGGGAGCAGGAAUGACCUUCAUCGUGCAGAGCAGCUCCGUGUUCACGUCUGCCAUGACCCCGCUGAUUGGCAUCGGUGUGAUAACCAUUGAGAGGGCAUACCCACUCACACUGGGCUCCAACAUUGGCACCACCACCACUUCCAUCCUGGCUGCCUUAGCCAGCCCAGGCAGUACCUUAAAGAGUUCACUCCAGAUUGCCCUGUGCCACUUCUUCUUCAACGUCUCUGGCAUCUUGCUGUGGUACCCGAUCCCGCUCACCCGCUUGCCUAUCCGCCUGGCCAAGGGGCUGGGCAACAUCUCUGCCAAGUACCGUUGGUUCGCCAUCUUCUACCUGGUCUUCUUAUUCUUCCUCAUCCCGCUGACAGUGUUUGGCCUUUCACUGGCUGGCUGGCAAGUGCUGGUGGGAGUGGGCGUGCCCAUCAUCUUUCUGCUGCUCCUGGUGGUGUUUAUCCGGCUCCUGCAGUCCCGCUGCCCACGCAUCCUGCCCCGCAAGCUCCGGAACUGGGACUUCCUGCCCCUGUGGAUGCACUCGCUGAAGCCCUGGGAUCAUCUCAUCUCCCUGCUUACCAACUGCUGCCAGAGACGCUGCUGCUGCUGCUGCCGUGUGUGUUGCAUGCUCUGUGGCUGUUGCAAGUGCUGCCGCUGCAGCAAAUGCUGCAAGGACCUGGAGGAGGGGCAGGAGCACUCUAAAGACAUCCCCAUCAAGACCCCCAUCAAGGCCCCCAACGCCUUCAAUAACAUAUCCAUGAGCAGAGAGACCCAGGAUGAGGUCAAGUCCCAAGUCGAUACCAUGGGUGUGAAGACCAUCUCCAGCAGCACAGCAUUUUAG